AUGCCUGAAUCGCCGCCGCCGAACAUUUCCUCGUCUUCAUCGGAUGAGCAGUUCCAGCGGGCCAAGUCCCAUAGCCGAUUGGCUGAGAUUGCACACAUAUUUAGUGGAAUUCUGAGCGGAAAGAACUCUUGUGCGAACUCCCCAUCUUCGUCACCGGCGGUUUCACGACAAAACUCCACCGUGUCACUGCACAGACUGGCCAGCAAGCUUGAGGAUAUCCAGAGGCCGUUGACUUCAUCACAGCCACGCAAUUUACGAGGUAUUUCUUCUGAGAAGAUCACCACUUUGCGAGCAUCCAGGCCAGACCCGGCCUCGGCUUCUUCGCUGGUGAAGGAAACCCAUCAUGUUCAUCUCGAGUACGACCCAGUUAGUCGGCGCAAAGUGUUGAACACUUAUGAGAUUUUGAAAGAUCUGGGUUCUGGUCAACACGGAAAAGUGAAACUGGCGCGUGACAUUGAAUCCAACCGACUGGUGGCAAUCAAGAUCGUGGACCGGAAAGCCAAACCGCGUUUGGGUAGACUCACAAGACCGGGUAAUUCUCAGGAAGACAAAAUCCGCAAGGAGAUUGCCAUCAUGAAGAAGUGUGACCAUCCCCAUGUUGUGAAGUUGAUCGAGGUGCUGGAUGCCGAGAACUCCCGUAAGAUCUACUUGGUAUUGGAGUAUCUUGAGAAGGGUGAGAUUGAAUGGCAGAUCAAUGAUCCGAAAUCUGGUGAAAAAGGGCCGUUUUUACGGUUUGCUGAGGCCCAGCAGGUAUUUCGCGAUGUAGUGAGCGGACUGGAGUACCUUCAUUACCAGGGAAUCAUUCACAGGGACAUUAAACCCUCGAAUUUGCUUGUUUCCAAGAAUAAUGUUGUCAAGAUAUCUGAUUUUGGUGUUUCUUUCUCUGCGAACCUGGAUGGCCAGGAUGAGUACGAGCUUGCAAAAACCGCAGGAACUCCCGCAUUUCUGGCACCAGAACUGUGUCAGACUGAAGGUUAUGACUACGAUGUCCCUGUUACUUCCAAAAUAGACAUAUGGGCUCUUGGUGUCACUCUUUACUGUCUUUUAUUUGGCUCACUUCCUUUCAAUGGCGAGUCUGAGUUUGCUCUUUUCGAGUCGAUUAACAAGGAUUCGCUGGAUGUCCCGCCAAAAUCAAAACUACGCGAUCCAACCAGCGUCUCUGAUCCGGAAUAUGAAGAGGCCAAAGAUAUGCUGUUGAAACUACUCGAGAAAGACCAGAAUGAUCGUAUAGGAAUUGAUGAUAUCAAAGAUCAUCCGUUCUUUGCGUCGGGACUCAGUCGAACUGAAUCGCGCAAGUAUGCUACUGACAUGCGCUCCCAAAAAAUUGAUGUCACAACUAAGGAGGUUGACGAAGCCGUAAUAGGCAUUGGUAACCGUAUUAAAAGAGGAAUUGCAAGCGCCCUGAAACGCGGAAAUUUCAAAGCAUCGCCUGUUACUUCUGCUAAUAGCGGGACUCCUCUGUCUGAUCACAGACUCCUGUUAGGCAGGGAGCGAAGUUCGAGCAGCGCGAGAAAUGCUAAAAGUAUUCUUGAUUCUCCGGCGAGAGACCAUUCUUUGAUUCUGAGUGAAACACCCGAAAUCGACUCUCCUACUCACCCUCUGGACAUCGUCUCUGCUAGUCCCACAACCACAACUGCUGGACCAGGAUCACCGGUUUUGCAGAGUAUGAGGGAUUUGCACAUCCGCAAGGCUUCUUUAACGACAUCAAUUGACUCGUUUGGAUCAGGCUCUGCAGGGCUUCACGAGACAAAACAGAACGUCGGCGGCGAUAUCUAUCUGGGUGCGCGGGAUUCGGCAGUUGCGCAACUCGCUGGCAUCAUGGACAAAGACGAAGAUAAAAGGCGGAAGAGUGUUGAUUUGUUGAACUCGCCAAAAUCUGCCGAGGAGAAGACUGGACUUAGAAGAGAUAUUCCGACAGCGGCAGUGCCUAGUUGUGAGGCGGAUGAGCUUCUAAUCUCGGAUCACCCCUCGUUCUUCGAUUCCAGCAACCGCGUUUCGUUGCCGGUAACAGACAGCUUUGCCUCGCUUAACAGCUUUUACGAUGACAAAAUAUACCCGGAGAUAGUCUCUCCGAUCAGUCCAUCUGGAUAUGGAGCCGGAACCGGCAUUGCUGGUUCAAGAAAUGCAGCGUACGUUUUCAGAAAACCUUCAGUCACAAGUCCCCCUUUAGCAGCAAUUGAUAACACAGUCUUCAAGGACAGCUACAAGGAGGACAAUGCGAUUCCAAGAGGAAAACCAACCGUGCCUUCAAACAGACAGCACACGCCGCCUUGUCCAAGAGUGAAGUUUGAGCCCUCGGUGAGACCAAGCGUGUCAAGAUCUGGUGAAACUGUUACUAAAAAGGCUGACACAAGCAGAGGAGGCUCGUUUUUCAUCCAUUCGGACGAAAGUUCCGAUGACGAAUCAGUUUCAUCUCCGAAGGAGCCGGUGAGAUCGCCUUUCAACAGAAAGGUCGACUUUUCGUCUUUCCAAGGCGGUUCUGAUUCGGAAGGAAGCCAGAAUAGUGACGCUAGUGAGGAGGAGGAGGACGAGUUGACGCUGGUUUUUUCUCCAAAAAGAGGUGAUCCGCAGCGCCGGUUUAUGAACAGAGCUAUGUCUCAUGAGUCAAAUCUGCCCACGUUACAGACCUUUGCGAGGCAACCGGAAUCGGAGGAGGCGAUGAGAACGACAUCUCCGUUUGCAGUGGAUACUCCACCAGAGCUUCUGCAUAAACUUGGAUUGGAGUCCCGUCUUGAGGCACAUUCGGAGUCUGCGGUGGAUGCGACCACACAGAAAAGAGGUUCACGUGAGGAGCCGCAAGGAAUUUCGGUUUCUCGGGAGAAAAAUGCCCCAGUUCCGCCCAAUGCCACCUUAGAUGCACCACAUCAGGCCACGAAAGUGAGCUACGUUCCUUCGCACUAUCAGAAUCACUACAACAAAGAGCACAUGGUGAUCCCGUUCCAGUCGAAAGCGUUGCAUUAUCAUGGAAAGGGCAAGCGGAUUGGAGCAGAGUCCAACAUCUUGCACCAGGAUGUUGUUCCUAGUCCAGAGAAGUUAAAUUUGAACAACAUUGACACCCAUGGUGAGACGCGUCCUGAGAUGACCCGAAAUAAUUCAAUUACCAUUGGAAUAUUGCAGUGGGAUAAGGAGAGAGGUUAA